CAGUAAUCGUAUAGACCAAUAACAUCUGUGCUUUACGAAAAUCGAUAUAUUGAUCUGAUUAUUUAGACGCGCCAAAUCUGAAACCACCUCCAGCACCUGUCGAAUGUGAACCAUCCUCUUCAACCAAACCAGUAGAGAAAAAAGCACCGCCUGUGCCAAAUCGUUCUGGUUCGCGUGUGGAAACAACAUUUGAAUGUACACCGCCAGCAAUGCCGCCGAUACGGCAACCGCCAGCAUAUCAGCAGUUAGUGGAACAGGGGAGGAUACAUCGUAGUCGAUUAGGUAAGGGGUUUUUAUUGAUUGUUAUUGAUUUUUAUGCCGUUAUAUGGGACUACUAG